UGGAGCAAAGACCGGAAAAAGAUCGUGAAACAAAUAACAGAACAGAAAACGACAUUUAAAGUAUGUCAGUGACCUUAAACUAACCACAGCUUUUUUUGAGGAGAAGUAACACAUUGUUUUACAAAUUUGAAGCCGGCGGAAGUCCGGAGCUUAACGUUCGCUUUCUCGCUAUGUCAGCUCGUUAGCUACCGAAGCUAAAGGCGGUCCGAUGCCGUAAAGCGAAGCAUCUGGUCGCAGUUGCCCGGUCAGCCUUAAAGUCUCCUUAUUGUUGUCCUGACUGAGAAGAUGUGUCUCCAGGAUGCUCCAGGGGCCGUACGGCAGUCUGGACCGGGACCGCCCGCUCGUCCGGCUCCAGUACACCAGCUUCUCUGUGGCGACGGUGCUGCUCCCGCUGACCGGCCUCAUCGCCUGCCUCUUCAUUUCACUCGUGUACCACUUUGAGGACUCCACGUUCACACACUGUCAUGUGUCGAACUACCUCCCAUCCAUCAGCGCCGCCAUCAGCCGCGUGCCGGAGCGCUACAUCUGGCGCUGCUGCGUCGGCCUGCACUCGGCGCCGCGCUUCCUGAUGGCCGCCACCUAUUUCAGCUUCUACCGCGGCCGCUUCGCCCAGCGGCUGCCGGAGCUGCUGCUGAGCGGGCUGGCGCUCCUCUGCAGCCUCGCCGAGAACACCGGCCUCUUGCUGCUCACCUACGUGUCGUCCACCGAAAGCUACAGUGUUCAUAAAAACAGUUUCAUGGUGUUCAUCGGCAGCUCGAUACUGCACAUGCUCAUUACAUGCAGACUGUGGUACGUGAUCAAGAGACACUACGUGAACCCUGAGGAAAGGACGUCGUUCCGCUGGAAGAUGCGUCUCUUCAUAUUCAACAUCAGCUGUUGUGUGGGGGCCGCGUACUUCUUCAGACGCCACAAUAAGCACUGUGAAACGGGAGUCUACACUCUGUUCGCCCUCUGUGAAUACCUGGUGGUCUUCUCCAACAUGGCCUUCCACAUGACGGCCUUCCUGGACUUCGGGAGCAAAGAGGUGGUCGUGGCCACGCCCCCUGAGGACAAACGAUACUGAGCGGGCGACCUCACCUGUGGGCAGGUGAAGGAGAACCAUGACACUUCAUAUGACAUAUUCAAAGGCGCCGUGCAGCCUCAUGAACGUUGGGAACAUCCUGAUGUCAGAACAAACAUUUCAUCGUUCCAACAACAGCCGAGUUGUUCUGACUCGUCGUGUUGGUGGUACAGUUUCAGCUCUUUUUUAAAUUAUAAUCUUCAGCUGAGAUGUCAAGAUGUUUCAUCCUGUUCUUGAUGAGUUUGUUUGUCUACAGAAGAAAUGUUUUGUUCUUAAACUGCACUUAAGAAGUGGACGUAGUCGUCAGCAAUUUAGGUUUUUUUUUUUAAACAAGUGAAGAGGAAGUGACCAUAUAUGGACCAAAUGAAACGCACCGUUAUCUCUAAUUACAAUUAAAGAUAUUGCUGGAAACAUUUGGGAUAAAGUAAUUAGAAAUAUGACAACGGUCUCGUCGUUUUAGACGUUCAAUAGUAUUAUACCUUUUUUAAACUGUUGUAUUAAGAUUUUGGCAUUAAAAGUGAAACACAAAACCUCAACUAUA